AUAUACACUAUUAUAUAUAUUCUUCACCACCCCAAACCUAAGAGAGAAAUAAAAAAAUCCAAAGUUUUAGCUAGUGUUGAUCAUCUUAAAUAUACAUAUGAGUUUCUUUUCAGAAUCUACAUCACGACCAUUUAGAACCAUGAAUGAAGAUUUGGAGAACAAUAAUGUAGAGACAGUACAACAUAACAUUUCAUCAAAUUCUAUUGUGAGAAAGAAGUCAGAUAUGGUUUUGGUGACAAAUAAUGUUCGGUUUCAAAUACUAAGAAAUGUGAUGACAAAUAUGAAAGAGGUGAUGUUGGGUACUAAGCUUGUUGUGCUUUUUCCUGCUGUUCCUUUAGCUGUUGCUGCUGAUUUUUAUAGCCUUGGAAGGCCUUGGAUUUUUGCUUUGAGCCUACUUGGACUUGCUCCCCUAGCUGAACGUGUCAGCUUCCUCACUGAGCAAAUUGCAUAUUUCACCGGCCCAACAGUUGGAGGGCUUCUAAAUGCAACUUGUGGAAAUGCAACUGAGAUGAUCAUAGCAAUAUUAGCACUUCAUCAGAACAAAAUACAUGUUGUCAAGUUCUCCUUGCUUGGUUCAAUUCUCUCAAACCUUCUCUUGGUUCUAGGCAGCUCACUCCUUUGUGGUGGCUUAGCAAACCUUAAGAGGGAGCAAAGAUAUGACAGAAAACAAGCUGAUGUAAAUUCAUUGCUUCUGUUGCUGGGAUUGCUAUGCCAUUUGCUGCCAUUGAUGUUCAAGUAUGCAUUGGCUGGGGGAAAUCAUUCUAUUGCCAAUUCUACUCUUCAAUUGUCAAGAGCUAGCAGUGUUGUUAUGCUUCUAGCAUAUGUUUCAUAUAUCUUCUUCCAAUUGAAAACUCAUCGAAAAAUAUUUGAUGCACAAGAGGUAGAUGAUGAAGAUGAUGAAAAAGCAGUGAUAGGAUUUUGGAGUGCAUUUAGUUGGUUGGUGGGUAUGACAUUGGUCAUAUCUGUGCUUUCUGAGUAUGUUGUGGGAACCAUUGAGGCUGCUUCAGAUUCUUGGGGUAUUUCUGUUAGCUUCAUUAGCAUAAUUUUGCUACCAAUUGUUGGGAAUGCUGCAGAACAUGCUGGUUCAAUCAUAUUUGCUUACAAGAACAAACUGGACAUAUCUUUAGGUGUUGCUAUGGGAUCUGCUACUCAAAUUUCUAUGUUUGUGGUUCCAUUAAGUGUGAUUGUUGCAUGGAUAAUGGGUAUACGAAUGGAUUUGGACUUCAAUCUUCUUGAAACUGGAUGUCUUGGUUUUGCAAUUAUUGUUACAGCCUUCACUUUACAGGAUGGAACUUCACACUAUUUGAAAGGAGUGAUUCUUACUCUAUGUUACAUUGUCAUUUCUGCAUGUUUUUUCGUUCUCAAAACUCCACAAAUCAAUCAUUAUGGUAUCGCCAUGCUUUGAAGCUAUCUUCAUUUGAAUGACUUUAUUUCCCCGUGGUGAGAAAAAAAAUCCCCUACGGAUGACUGAAAUUCGUCACUCCAGAUUCGAAGUUGGAUUUUGUUAAUCGAUUUCAUGUUUGCCUUCGAAACUGAAGCUAUGAGAUAUUUGAGUGCUUGUAUUUUCUUGGCAAUAAGGCUUUUUUUGGUCAAAUUCUUGGAAAUUUGGUUUAUUUUGGUUGUGUUGUUUGUUUUACUUUAUUUUGAUUCUCCACAUUCAUGUUAAUUCAUGUAUACCCACUUUCAUGUACAAGUCUAUAACAUAGCAAGUAUUCCACUCCCUCAAAAAAAAA